AUGGAUUCCUCUACCAAGGAUGCGUUUUUGGCGGCCAUUACUCUGCUUAGUGCUUCUCUUUCGCUUACUGGUGGAUUUGCACUCUUGUUAACCUACUACAAGAUACCAGAAUUCCAAAACUCUGUCCGAAAACUUCUGGUUUUUCUAACUAUAGCUGAUAUUUUUACAGCAUUGGGUUAUAUUAUUGGCACUGUUAACUUUCUUCGUCUGGAUGCUCAGCAGAGAAAUUCUACAGAUUCACUAUGCAUUGCUCAGAGUUUUAUCACAACCUUUUCUAGCCUAAGUUCUUUUGCGUGGACAUCCAUUAUUGCGGUUCAUCUAUACGUGUUAAUACGGACACAAAGAGACUUCCAAAGGAACCGGUCUCUAAAGAUCUUGUAUCAUUUUUCAGGUUGGGCUAUCCCAGCCAUUAUUUGUAUUCCUGUCCUGGCUGAAGACAAGCUCGGCCGAGACCACCACGGACAAAAAACAGGCACAGGUUUGUGGUGUUGGAUCAAGAUAAACAACACUGACGGGAAAAUCCACUCACGUGACAUAGUGCUGAUGUUUAUGACCGGAAAAUUCUGGGAACUUCUGACAUACGUUUUAUCGUUUUCUAUAUACAUGAUUUUGAAAAUAAACACGUACAUCGAGAGACAAAAAGAUAAAAGCUACUCCUGGAGAGAUGUAGGCGGUGAGAAUCUUAGAAAUGAAGAUGAACGAUUCUGUUUCACGUGGCUCAUUCUCUAUUUACUUCGAUUUUGGGGAACAAUGAGAUUCUUCAUCGAAAUUUCUAAAACAGAAUCCGACAAAGCAGAUGCUGUAGACGAUAUACUCAAAUAUUUCCACUGUGCAGGGGACAGUGCGCAAGCGUUAGGAAACUUUAUUCUGUUUUGUUUGCUCGACAAAAAUAUCAGGGGAAAAUAUCAUGAAAUGAUUGGUUACUGUUGUAAUAGACAUGAGAGAAAUGAUUUACUGAAGACACCCUUUCCAGAUUCAGGGAAUUAUCAGAGUAUACCACAGUCGUGAGCAGAAUCAGCAGAAGACAAGAGAAGUUUAUUAUAUCUGUUCAAAGUGAAUAUUUUUAUGAAGAAUAACUGAUUAUUCAUUAAAUAUAGUUACUAAGUAUAGGUAUUGCCGUUGAGCGGUUGAGACAUUUACAAGGGGGCAUUCAAUAUUGAAUGCUCGCAUUUGGAAUGUUUCGAGGCAUACUCGUAUACGUAUUGCAAAUUCAGCGUUCAAUGAAACGCCAAGAUAUUGAACGCUAAUUUUUUUGUAUUUUUUUUUAUCAUAGACUAUUUAUUGGCCAUAUAAAUUUCUU